GUACGCGUACCGGCGAAUCACAGCAAGGCCGGCGUGCCGACAGCAUCGGGGGGGGGGGAGGGGCAGCCGAGGAGGCUCAUCGCAGGCGCAGCACGGUCGUGGCAAGUGCACUUAAGCACAGCCGCAGGCCAAAGCUAAUAAAUUGAUGUUUGGUAGCUAGACACACACCAUGGACCAAGAUAGCUUUCGUCCUGGCUAAAACGGCUCGCUGAGCAAGGAAUCGAUUGAGAUGGAAGCGUUUCGCUCAAGCUUGCUAGAGCUGCGAAAUGCGGCAUCCAAGCCAGAUAAUCAUGAGCAGCUGAGCGAAGUAUGGACGGCGACCAGCAAGGCCCUCGAGGAAACUUGCGCGGGAGCACCAGAGCUGUGGCCACUCGCGCUGGAGUUACUGUUGCUGGAAAGCAGCACCGACAUAAUCGCAACUCUCAGGGAGGCCAGGCGAAACCAAUCCUCUGGAUCUGCCGCUCGCAACCAAGUGCUCCGCUGGCUGGACUCACAACUGGAGAGCAAUGCCGAGUGGCGCUGCGCCCUGGCCUCCGACCCGGCCCGGCUGUGUGCGCUGGUGUCGGCCCUGCACGGCCUGCUGCGGGAGGAGGACCGCAACGCACUGGGCCGUGCGGUGCUGUACUCCCUACUGGCCACACUGCUGCAGCUCGAGGAGGAGGGCCCGGCCGCCGCCGCGGCGCUGCAAGUGCUCCUGGGCCUGGCGGGAGAGCUCAAGGGCGCACUGACGCGGCGGGAGAAGACGUCCGCCGGCGCCCGCUCCGAGCUGCUGCGGCUGCUGGCGCUGCUGGUGGACCGAGCCUACAGCGCCGCUACUGCCAGUGCUGCUCCUGCUACUGCCGCUUCCGCUACUGCCAGUACUGCCAGUGCUGCUACUGCCGCUCCCGCUACUGCCAGUGCUGCUGCUGGCGGUGUUCCUGCUGGCGUCGGAAGCCGUGUGCCGCCCGCGCAGCCGCCGCCGGGCCUGGGCACGGUGACGCCUGAGGCUCUGGUGCGGGAGGCGCUGGCCGUGAUACGGAACCCCAAGGCGGCCCUUCAGGAGCUGGCGGGCGCACUGGACACCGCCGUACUGGCCGUGCCCUGGCUGCCGUCACAGUCGGCCCGGGAUGCCGCCGCCCUGGCCGCCUACGGGCGCGCGCUGCCGCUGCUGCGCGAGCUGGGCGGCGGCGGGCGGGCGGGCCGCUACCGGGCGCACCUGGCGGCGCUGCGGCUGGUGGCGGUGCCGGGGGGGCUGGUGCCGCCGGGGCGACUGCUGGAGGACUGCCUGGAGCUGCUGGACGCCUGGCGCGGCUGUGUGGCUCACACCAACCGGGACGUGCGGCGGGUGGCGGAGGAGUGCGCGCCGCGGCUGCUGCGGGCGGUGGCGGCGGAGCUGGGGCGGCGGCGGGACGAGCCGGCGGCCAGGGGCAAGAUGCGGGCGCUGGUGGGCCGGCUGCAGGCGCUGCUGGAGCAGGGGGCGGCAGGAGGCGGAGGAGGCGGGGGAGGUGGGGGCGCUGGCGAGGAGGCGGGGGUGGCGGGCGAGGCGGGCGGGCGGGUGGUGCUGCUGGCGGCCCGUGGCGUGGCGGCCAUGGCGGAGCCGGUGGCGGCGCUGGAGGGGCAGCAGGGCCUGGCGGCGCUGCUUCGCUCGCUGGCGGCGCGCGCCGCCGCCGCCGGGCCGCCGCUUCCCGCCGAGUCCGAGCUGGCGGCACUGCCCCCCGGGUCGGUGCUGGCGGCGGCGGAGGCGGCGCCGGCGGCUGUGUACGACAGCGGGAGCCGGGUGGAGGCGGCGGCGGUGCUGGCGGCUGCGGUGGCGGCGGUGGCGGCGCGGGGGCCGGUUCUGGACGACGCGGGUGGGCGGCUGCUGCGGGAGCUGCUUGAGAGGGUGGUGGCCGGCUACUCGCUGGUCGCGGCCAUGGGUGUGCUGCAGCGGCGAGUGCACGGCGAGCUGGCGGCGGCGCUGGCGGCAGUAGCAGCGCACCAGCCCGCCCGACUGCCGGCGCUGCUACAGCCGCUGGCGGCGCUGCUGCUCAGCCUGUCGCUGCAGCAGCCGCAGCUGCAGCCGGACGGCGGCGUGGGCGCGGCGCUGGGAGAUGCGGGCGGCGGAGGUGCGGGUGCGGGUGGCGGCGGCACGGCGCUGCUGCCGGACUCGGACCCCGAGCAGCAGGUCCGGCCCUGGGAGGUGUACAUAGAGCUGUGGCGGGCGCUGCUGCUACUGCCGGUGGGGCCCGGCGGCCGCCUGGGCAGUAGCAGCGGCGGCGGCAGCGGCAGUAGCAGCGGCGGCUUCACGGCCGAGAUGCAGGCGGAGCUGUGCCGCACCUAUAGCGCCGCCACCCAGCGCCGCCUGCGUGCCGCCGUGUACGACGCCCUCAUAUCCGCCGUACUGGACGCCGCCCGCCACUUGGACCUGUCGUACAGCCUGCCGCCGCCAGGCGGCACGGGCGGUACGGCAGGUGCCGGUUACGGUGAUGAUGGGGAUGAUGAUGCGGCGGUUGGCGGCGGCGGUGGCGGUUUGACGGUUGUAACCGACCUGUACGGCGGCCUGGUGGCCAACGACCUGUACGACAUGAUGGCCUUCUUCCACAUGCGCGAUUUUCUGGGCGAGCUGCUGCCGGCCGCCGGGCCCGGCCUGUUCGCACGCUGGGCGCUGCCGGCGGCUGAGGCGCUGUGCGGCCUGGCGGCGGAGCGGCCCCUGGUCAGCGCCACAUACAGUCUGGCCAAGGUGGCCAUGGAUUUAGCAGAACAGGCCGGAGCUCUGGCGCCCCCACCCGCCACACCCGCAGCCGCCACAGCCGCAGCCGUAGCCGCAGGAACCCGUCGCUACGGUGGCGGCGGCGCGGGGGGCGCAGGUGCGGCGGUGGCGGAGCAGGAGGAGGAGGCGGACGUGGCGGCGGCGGCGGCGCGCGCGGCGGCGGCGACAUCGGAGCUGUUCCGCGGACUGCUGGCGGCGGUGGCGGCGGCGUGUCCGCAUUACAAGGACGAGCUGCUGGUGUGCUGCCUGCAGCUGCUGCUGGCGGCGCCGCCGCACCUGCUGGCAGCAGCAGCAGCAGCAGCAGCAGCCGGCAGUAGCACCAGCACUAGCGGCGGCAGCAGCAGCACCAGCAGCUACAGCCUCUCUGCUACAGCCGCCGGCCAGGGUCUGGCGCUGGCGCUGCGGCUGGCGCUGCCGCUGGGACUGCAGCACCUUCCGGUGGCGGCGGCGGCGGUGGAGGCGCUGGAGCGGUGGGAGCAGCAGCAGCCGGCGGCGCUCAGGGCCGCGCUGCCGUACUUUGUACCGCUGCUGGAGCCGUACCUGUCCGAGCAGUCCGGCGCGGCGGCGCUGCAGGCCGAGGCCGACAACAUGGCGGCGGCGGCGGCGGCGGAGCCCGGCGGCGGCGGAGCAGGCGGCGGCGGCUUCGGGGAGGGUGCUAAGAGCGGCGUGGCAGCUGCUCGCGCCAGCCGCGCCGCCAAGGCAGCCAAGGCCGCCGCGCCGGACGCGGCCUCCGCUCUGGAGGGCCUGCAGUGCCGGCUGCAGCUGUGGCUGGGCCGCAACCCCGCCGCCGCCCGACACCUGGUGGCGGUGGACCUGGCGUCGCUGCUACUGCCGGCGGCGGCGGCUGCUACUGCUGACACCGCGCUCGGCAGUAGCAGCGGCAGUAGCAACGGCGGCGUGGUCGGGCCUGCGGCGCAGCGGCUGCUGCAGCAGCUGCCCUGGGACACGGACUCGACCAAGGUGGCGUUGCGGGUGGCGGUGGCUGUAGCAGCGCCGCCGGCGGAGGCCGCCGCCGACGGCGGCGCGGACGGCGCGGCCCCCGACGGCAGUAGCAGUGGCGAUGGCGGCUGGAGCCGAGUGGUGUUGCACCUGGACCUGCUACUGCCGCAUGCGGCGCGGCUGGCGGAGGAGAGCCCGGCGCCGCAGGCUCGGUCGGCGGCGGCGGAGCUGCUGCACGCGGCGGCGCUGUGGGUGGUGGGAGCCAACGCCGCGGUGCCUGAGGAGGGGCAGGGCCGCCGUGACUACGAGCGGCGCGUCACGCGCUUCCAGCCGCUGCUGGCGCGGCUGUUUCCGGUGGUGCUGCGGCUGGCGGCGGGUCCCGAGCCCCUGGCGCGUGAGCUGUUCCGGCGGCUGGCGGGGCAGCUGGUGCACUGGUACACGCGGGGCGCGCGGCGCGAGGGAGCUGAGGCCAUGGCGCUGCUGGAAGCCGUCCUGGCUGGACUGUGUGGCGGCGGCGGCGGAGGCGGAGGCGGGGGCGGAGGAGGAGGCGGGGGCGGGGGCGCGGGAGGAGGCGCGGGGUCGCUGCGGGACCUGUGUGCGGCGCUGUGCGCGGAGUGGUUCACGUGGGCUCAGAAGCAGAACCUGGGCAGCGGAGGCGGCGGCGGUGGCGGAGGCGGUGAAGCCACCUCCUCUGACGCCUUCGUGUCGGUCAACGCCGCCAGCCUGCUGCGCCGCCUGCUGGACAGACUGGCGCAGCCCGACCCCGGCGUGCGGCGCGGCGCGGCGGCGGCGCUGGCGGCGCUGGCCCGGCCGCUGGCGGCGCCGGCGCUGGGCGGCGGCGCGGCGGCGGCGGGCGGUGUGCUGCUGGAGGCGCUGUGGCUGCUGGCGGCGGCGUUGAGGCACCCGCUGGCGGACGAGGGCGGCGACGGCGGCUCCUCCUCGGCUACAGCCGCCGCCGGCAGUAGCAGUAGCAGCAAUACUGCCACCACCAACAACAACAACAACAGCGGCGGCGGCGGCGCGGGCGGCCUGGGCUACGGCCCCGCCCUGUCCCGUGCGGUGGCGGCGCUGGUGCACCACUGCCUCACCCGGGAGCUGGCGGAGGAGCUCACGCGGCCCCUGCCCGGAGACCCCAGCCUGCUGCUACUGCCGGCUGCGGCUGCUGCUGCUGCUGCUGCUACUGCGGGGAGGGGUCGUGGGUGUGCUACUGCCGGGGCUGCCGGACUGAGCGCGGCGGCUGAGGACUAUGGCGACGGCGGCCCGGACGCGGACGUGGAGUGGGGCGAGGAGGAGGAGGACGCGGAGGCGGCAGGGGGCGGGGCAGGGGAUGUGGAGAUGCGGGAGGCAGGGCAGCAGCAGGGGCAGACCCAGGGCGGGCUGGGUCUGGGGCUGGGGCUGUCAGCUGCGGUGGUGGUGGUCCCGCCUUACAGCACACUGCAGACGCUGGUGCUGUGGCUGUGGAAGGGCACGGGCGGCCUGGCGGCGGCGGCGGGCUCGGCUGCGGCGCGGCGUGAGGCGAUGCGGCUGCACCACAGGCUGGCGGGGGCGCUGCUGGAGGUCCGCGCACAGGAGGAACGCGACCGGCGCAUCACCGACCGCGGCGGCGGCGGCGGCGGUGGCCCCCACCCGGCACCGGGGGCGGGCGGGCUGCUGUCCCAUAUCCUGAUGAUGGGGGGCGGCUCACAGGAGGGGGAGGAGGAGGAGGACGGCUUGGGCAGCCACGGAGCGCACGGGGAUCACGGCGGCGGCACGGGUGCUGCUACAGCCGCUACUGCCGCUGCUGCUGCUACUGCCAGGGUGGAGCACGCGGGCCCCGCCUGUGCGGCGCUGGCGGACCUGGGGCGGCCGCUGGGCUACAGCGCCUGCUGGGUGAGCUGGCGCGUGGCGGUGCGCUACAGCCGUAGCGGCAGUAGCAGCAGCGGCGGCGGCGGCGGCAGUAGCAGCGACAGCGCGCGGCUGCGGAUGCUGGUGCCGUUCCUGCUCACGCAGCCGCCGGCGGCGGCGCUCACGGGGCCCGGCGGCGGCGGCGGCGGCGGUGGUGCGGAUGGCGCAGAGGCGGCGGCGGCGGGGGCUGCUGCGCGGUGCCGCGUGUGGCUGCGGUCUGUGACGGCGGCCCUAGACUGGAUGCGUUGGGCCCUGGACCAGGGGGUCCUACUGGCCGCCGACCUUCCCGACCUAGUGGACAUGGCCCGGGACCGGGCCGCCCGCGACACACAGGAGGCGGCGGCAGCAGCAGCAGCAGCUACAGCCGCAGCAGCAGGAGUAGCUGGGGAGGAGGACGAGGCAGAGGACUGGAGAAUGCGAAGGAGGAGGAGGCGCGGCGGCGCGCCCCCGCAGCCCUGCGCCACCCUGCCCGACUCCCUGCUUGAGCUGCUGUGCCAGCUGCCGCCGGUGGAGGAAGGCGUGAGCGGCAGUAGCAGUAGCAGUAGCAGCAGCGGCGCCCAGGGCGGCGGCAGUAGCAGCGGCAGUAGCAGUUUGCUGCUGGCCGGCGCCGGGUGCCGCGGCGCCACGCGGGACGCCUGCCUGUCGCUACUGCGGCUGAUGCAAGCGCUGGUGGAGCUGGAGGCGCAGGCUGUAGCAGCAGCAGCCGGCAGUAGCGGCAGCGGCGGUAGCAGCACCGGUGGCGGUGGCGCUGCUACAGCCGCCGCUGGCGACAGCGGCUGCGACUACUGCUGCCCCAGUGAGGCGCUGGUGCCGUGGCGGGACCGCGACACUGCCAAUGUGGUGCUGGCGGCGGCGCUGGCCCCGCACGUGGUCGGGGCGGCGGCGGCGGACGUCGCGGCGCGACGUGAGUUGACGGCGACGGCCGCAGCGCUUGCCGGCGCUGCCGUGCGUGCUGCCGGCGGCGGCCUCGGACACGGCUUCCGGCCUGCCGGGCCAGGCAUGGGCGGCAGUAGCAGCAGCAGCAGCCAUGCGGGCACGAGCAGCGGCAGUAGCAGCAGGGGCGCGGCGGGGCCGCUGACUGCCACCCUGGAGGGUGGGCUGCGUGAGCUGCUGCGGCGCACGCUCGACUCGGCUGCUACUGCCCUGGGCGCUGGCGGCCGCCCCGGCAUGGCGGCUGGUGGCGGCGGCGGCGGCGGCGGCGGCGGCUGGGGCGAAGCCGCGGAAUCGAUGGAGGUGGAUGAGGUGGGUGGCGGUGAGGAGGAGGACGAGGAAGAGGAGGACGAGGAGGGAGGUGAGGCGGAGGCGGCUGCCCUGGGACUGGGGCUGGGGCUGCGGGCGUCCGGCAAGAGCGGAGCUGGAGAGCCGGCGGACGCAGGAGCAGCGGCGGACGAAGGAGCGGCGACGGCGCGUGUGGAGGCGGCGGCGGCGGCGGCGCAUGUGGAGGCGGCGCAGCGGCGUGCGACGGCCCGGGCGCUGCGGCUGCUGGGCGGUCGGGCGGCCAUGCUAGCAGGCGACCCACUGCAGACGUCCGCCUUCCUGACAGGCCUGUCCGGACUGCUGGCGCUGCCCUGGCCCGCCGCCUCCACGACCAGCGGCAGCGGCAGCGGCAGUGGCAGUAGCAGCGGCAGUGGCAGUAGCACCUCCCUGGUGCCGGAGCCGCUGCGGGUGCGGCUGCGGGGCCGGUGUCUGCAGCUGGCGCGGCGGCUGCCGGCGGGCGGCGAGGCGUCGCCGGCGGCACGCAAGGCCGCCACAGACGCGCUCAGCCUGGCGCUGCAGCUGCAGCUGCCCGCCGCCGACCUGCUGCACGUGCUACUGCCGCUGCCGCCGCCACCCGGCCCUGCUGCUACAGCCGCCGCCUGUGCUACAGCCGCCGCCUGGACCCCAGCAGCCCUGGAGCAGGCGCAGUCGGGCGCCGCGGACGGGGCCGUGUUUUACGACAACUUCAGGGCCGUGGUGAACCGUGCCCUGCUGUUCGAAGCAGACACGGCCGUACGGCACGUGAUGACCGCCCUGGCGGCCAGCGCGCAGCUGCUACAGCCGGGCAGCGCUACAGCCGCCGCGCCAGAGGCAGUAGCGGCGGCGGCGGCGGCGGCGCUGCGUGCUACAGCCGAGGCGGUGCUGGGCGGCGUGAUGGAGAGCCUCAUGCGCUCCCGCGCCGCCGCCGAUGCCGCCGCUGCUACUGCCGCGGCCGCUGCUGCCACUGCCGCGGCUGCAGCCUCUGCCGGUGCCGCAGGCGCCGCCGCCUCGCAGGGAGCGGCGGGCGCCACGCAAGCCGCGCGCGCCACCCAAGCCACGCCAGCCGCCACGCCAGCCGCCACGGGCGCGCCCGCUGCGCCCCCGCUGCGGCCGCCCCCGCCCUCCUUGCCCCGCGCCGUGGACCUGCACCUGUCCGCCUUCACCGCCGCCCUGCGCCGCCACCUGCCCCUGGCGGCGCCGCUGGCGGCUCGCGGCUCGCCGCCCGAGGGCCGCCUGCUUCUGCUGCGGCUGCUGCGGCUGGCGCUGCGGCUGGACGCGCCGGGGCUGCUACAGCCGCUGCUACAGCCGGCAGCGGCGCAUGGCGCGGGUGCUGCUACAGCCGCGGCGCCGUCCUCGUCCUGCCUGGCCUUCAUCCUGGACUGCUACUGCUCCAUGCUGUCACCGCAGCAGGACGCCAGCGUCACCUGGACACCGGCGCUGCAGCUACUGCCGCUGCUGGCCGCACAGCUGCCGCCCCAGCACGCAGUGCUGGGCCGCCUGUUCACACUCGGCAGUAGCACGGGCGCCGACGGCAGUAGCAGCAGCAGCAGCAGCAGCAGUGGCGUUAACGCUGCCACCACCGGCGCCGUCAGUGCGCUGGUGGCGGCGGUCAUCCCGCCCGACAGCCGCCGGGAGCUGGGGGACGCCGCCGCCGCCGCCGCCGCCUCGCCCGCCGGCGCCGCCCUGUCACAGCGGCUACACGCUCUAAUGCUGACGCUGGAAGGACUGGCGGCGGCCGCCGCCACCGAAGCCGCAGUAGCAGCUGCUGCUACCGCCGCCGGUGCUGCUACUGCCGGUGCUGCUGCUACUGCCGGUUCAGCGGCCGCAGAGGCGGGCGCGGGCGCGGACGGGUCUGGGUCUGGGUCUGGGGCGGGUGUGCGGGCGGCUGCGGCGGAGGCGCUCCUCCGUGACCUGCUGGUGGUGGUUCAGGACAUGGGCGGCGGCGGUGGCGGUCACGUGCUGCAGAGCCGCCUGGCCGCCAUGUUCACACGCGUGGCCGCAGCGGCCUGGCUGGGCUUCCCCGCCGUUGGUGCUGCUGGCGGUGGCGGUGGUGGUGGCGGUGGCGGUGGUGCUGGUGGUGGUGGCGAUGAGGAGUCGGGGAGCCAGGAGGAGGCGGCACAGGCGGAGAUGGAGGCGGAGGCGGAGCGCGCGCGGGCGUGGCCGGGUGCGAGGCUGGUGGCGGCGUGCUGGCGGUGGGCUGGCGGCGGCGGCGGCGGCGUAGACGGUAGCGGCGGCGGUGGCGGCGGCGGCGCGUUGAAGCGGGAGCUGCGGCUGGCGCUGCUACAGCACGUGCUAUUGCCGCUGCUGGCGGCGGCGCCGACCGGGUUCCGCGUCUGGUGGUACGGCAGCAACGUACGGCGGUUUGUGCAGUACGUCCAGAAAACCGCCGCCGCCAAGGCCGACCCAGUGGCGGCGGCGGCGGCGGCGGCGGCGGCGCCGGAGGUGCUGGCGGGCGCGCUGGCGGCGCGGUGUGCGGCUCUGGUGGACUCGUGGGUGUCGUACGGACUGCUGCGGAGUAUGUACGGCACGUGCAGCGCGGCGGAGGUGGAGCGCGUGUGGGGCAAGGCCAAUGAGCAUCUGGCGCCGGCCAGUGGCGGCGGCGGCGGCGGCGGUGCGUUGAAGAACGGCGUGGUCAUGUCGGCGGCGUGUGCGGAGGUGUGCCGCCCGCCGCCGCCCGCCGCCACCAACGCGGCGGGGCUGGAGCUCCGGGAUUUGGACCGGGACGUGCGCUGCGCGGCCUGGGCCGCCGCCGCCGCGCUGCUGCUGCGCACCCAGUCGCGCGCGGCCUUCUUCGCCAAACUGCUUAGACCGGACGCGGGCGGUGGCGCUGCGGCUGUGUGGGGCGCGCUGCUGCGGCAGGACCCCGCCUUCAUGCUGCCCACCGUGCUGGACGAGGGCGCAGCCGGCGGAGCAGGGGCCGCGGGCGCAGAGAGGCGCAAGCGGCUGCGCAAGGAGCAGGAGGCGGUGCGGGAGAUGUUUCGGUCGCUGCGCCGCCAACGUGACGCCAACGCGGCCUGGCACGCGGCGGCGACGCUGGCGGCGGCGGCGGGCGGGACUGGCGGCGGCGGCGGCGCCUCCGCCAGCUUUAUCAUGGGCACCCUCGGCGGCGGCGGCGCCAGCCUCUACUACACUGGCGGCGGCGGCGGCGGCGACGUCGCCAGCCUGACGGCCAAGGUGUCGGCGUCGCAGUUUGAUCUGGGUCUGGCGUCGACGUCGGCCAGCCUGGCUGGUUCGGCUGGCUUUGCCGGCGGCGGCGGUGGCGGCGGCGCCGCCGCCGCCACGCCGCCGCCGGCUUCCUUUGCGGCGUCGGGCGCGGCAGGGCCGGGCGGCAAGGCCGGGGCGGUGGCGGCAGUGCCCUACACAUGGAGUCUCAGCGGCGGCGGCGGCGGCGGUGCUGGUGGUGGCGAUGACGGACGGCCGCUACCCGCCGCCGCCGCUGCAGCCGUUGACCCGGCGGUUGGGCUGGCAGCGGUUGAGGAUGAAAACUUCCUAACCGACUCCCUGACCUUUUUGGACGACGAGAUGGACGAGCACGUGUGCAUGCUGCCGCUCGUCCAGCUGAUAGAGAAGUACAGCGACCCGGGCAGUUGGGACGCCGCGAAGGAGGCGGCGGCGGCGGCGGCCGCACGUGCCGCGCUGUUCCCCGCCGCCAGCGCCGGCGGUGGCAGUAGCACCAGCGGUGGCAGUAGCACAGGUGGCGACGCGCCCAUGCCUUCUUGGCUGCAGACGCUGUUUGAGGCGCUCAAUAGCGACCACACGCCCAGGUACACGCGGCUGUUCCUGCUCAAGGCCGUGCUGCAUGUGGAGUACCGCCACCAGCAGGCGCGCAUCGCGGGCACACGCCGCCGCUACCAGGCGCAGGCUGUAGCGGCUGUAGCAGCAGGCGCGGGCCGGGGCAGUAGCAGCCAGCGGGCCUCGCAGGCGGUAGCAGCAGCAAGUGGUGGCGGUGUGGGCAGCAUGCGUCUGAGCAGCCUGCAGGCUACUGCCGCCGCUACUCCCUCGGCGAGCCUGGGUGUUGGCACCACACAGGCUACACCCGGCGGCGGCAGCGCCGCAGCAGCACCGCAGCAGCAGCCGCCACAGCCGCCACAGCAGCCGCUACAGCCUGCGGGUGCGGACGUGGGCCCGGGCCAGGCGCGGCUGGUGUGGGGCGCCGGGGGCUGGGGCUGUGUGGAGGCGGGGGAAGACGACGACCUGUUGUUUGGGAGCGACCCGCUGGGGACGGCUGCUACUGCCGGCCGGGGCGGCGGGGCCGGUGCUACAGCCGGCAGCGGCGGGAUGGAGCGGGAGGAGGGAGAGGAUGAGGACGCGGCCGGGGGAGGUGGAGGAGCAGGCGGAGGCGGAGGCGGUGGGGGGCUGCGCUCGGCUGAGCUGGACCAACUGCAGUUCUCGACCACCGUGUUUGCUGUGUGGGCCGAGCACUUCUUCCCCGCACUUGUGGCGGCGGAGGCGCUCGGGGCCGGAGGCGGCAAUGCAGCCGCCGCCGCCGCCACCGCCGGCAGCCCGGAUGGCGGCGACGCGGCAGGCCCGGUGGCCGGCGGCGGCGACCGACACAAGGCGGCUGCACGGGGCGGUGGGGCGGCGGAAGGCGGCGAGAGAAGCGGCGAGGAGGAUGAUGAAGAUGGGGAAGAGGAGGAUUUUGAGCCGCAGCUGGCGCAGCGCCGGCCUGAGGGCGAGGCCACGCUCACACAGCUGCGGCGCCGGCACCAGCAGUACGGAGCAGCCGGCGGUGCAGGCAUGGGUGCAGCAGGUGGGGCCGCGGCGCAGAGGCUGCCAGGCAUGGGCGCUGUAGCUGCAGGCGCUGCUACAGCCGCCGCAGCGCCAGGCGGCGGCGGCGGUGGCAGUGGCAGUAGCAGUAGCAGCAGUUGCGGGCCGGGCACGCUUAGUAUCGUGACGCGGCUGCUGAUCCAGACCAUUAUGAGUUGGAGGAAGCUGGCGCCGGCCGGCAGUAGCAGCAGCAACAGCGGCGGCAGCAGUGUUGACACGCCGGCGGCGGGUGCUACAGCCACCGCCACGGAAGACGCUGGCGGCGGUGGCGGCGGCGGCGGCGGCCUGCCGCGUGGGCCGCUGCGCGAGGCGGCGGAGCGGCUGCUGCGGCGCUGUGUGUGUGGCUGCCUGCACCCCACCAGCGCAGACCAGAGCCGCCACAACGCCAACCACGUCAUCACGCUGAUGUACUUCUGGCGCCGAGCCGGCGUGUCGCUGCUGGGUCGCGAGCUGGUGCCGCUGCUGGGCCGGCGGCUGCCCCAGCGGCAGCGCUGCCAGGGCCUGAGGGUGGCGCGGGCGGCGCUGGGCUACGGCCAGGAGGAGGCGGUGAUGGCGGGCGAGGCGGCUGCGGACAUCUGGAAGGCGCUGGUUGGCAUCACCGCCUGCCGCCCGCCGCCGCCGCCGCCACACACCACCAGGGCCUCAGGAGCCGGCGGCGGCGGCGGCGGCGGGCACGCCCACCACCACUACACCGGCGGCGCCGCCGGCGCCCCUCAGCUGUCUGUGGAGGCGGCGCCGCUGGGGCAGCUGUUGGGCCUCUACUUUGCCAAACUGGCGGAGCGGGAGGCGGCGGCGGCGGCGGCGGCGGCGGCGGCGGGGGACGCUGGUGGCGGGGCAGGGGCGGCGGCGACGCCCGGCGCCUGGGGCUGGGCGGGCGCUGCCGCGGCGGCGGAGGCGGAGGAGGAGGAUGAGGGGGACGUGGGCGGCGGGGGCGGAGGCGGACUGGGCCUGACGGCUAGGGCGACCAAGCGAGCGCGGCUGUCAGGAGGCUCCUCGCUCAAGGACAAGAUGCAGGACAUCCGGUCGGCCCUGCGUGAGGCCACCGACGGCGGCCGCAACUGGGAGGCGGCGGUGGAGGUGCUUCUGGGGCUGUCGCAGCCGCCGCCGCUAGGGCACCCGCCCGCAGCCGGGCCCCUGGCGCCAGAGCUGGUCAAGCGGCUGGGCGUGUUGCGCGACGUGCGCAUGGCCGAUGCGCUCCUGGUGCUCAGGCGCUGCGCGCUGGUGGCGUCGCCCGCCGCCGCCCGCGGCCUCUUCAUCGACCUGCUGGCCUCACUGGACAGGCUGCCGCUGCGCUCCAUGCGAGUGGAGGCGCAGGUGGCGGCUCUGGAGCUGGUGCAGGCCCUGGCUCCCCGCGCUCCGCCCGAGCAGCUUCAGCGGCUGCUGGCGCUGCUGUUGCGCCGCGGCCUGGCCGCCGCCCCCGACCCCGCCGCCCGCCUGGCCCUACUGCGCCUGUGCGCCGCGCUGUGGGCGCAGCGGGGGCUGGCCUGGCCAUCGCCGCCCAGGCAGCAGCAGCAGCAGCAGCAGCAGCAGCAGCAGCAGCAGCAGCAGCAACAGGAGGCAGGCGCAGCUGCUGCUACUGCCGAUGCGGCGGAGGCGGCGCGGCUGCUACAGCCGCUGCUGCUGCCGCUGCUGGCAGGGGCGCUGGGCGACGGGGACCCGGGCAUUCGGGCGGCGGCCCGGGGGUUCUGGCACCGGCUGCUGCCGCCCGCGCCGGCGGAGCGACUGGCGGCGCUGAUCCGUCUUGCCUCGGAGCCGGCCCUCACGCCCACCACCUCCACCACCGCCUCCCCCACCGCCACAGCCCUAGCCGCCGACGCCGCCGGGCGGCUGCAGCGCGGCUGGCCCGGUCUGGCGGCGGGGCUGCUGCUGGCGCCCUCCCUGGAGCCGGGCAGCGCCGCCGCCGCCGCCAACGCCGCGGCUCUGUUCACCAGCCAGCCCUAUGAGUGCGAGUUCAGGGACUACACACCCAGCCUAUUCGCGGGCGGCGGCGGCGGCGGCUUCGGCGGCGGCGGCGGUGCAGGAGGCGGCGGGUCGCUGUCUCUGCGCACGCCCGCGUUCAUGAUGUCACAGGACGCCUCGCAAGGCGGCGGCUACUUCCGUGGCCGGCAGCGCCCGCCCCGCGGCCUGCUGCGCGCCACCGCCUCCGUGUCCUUCAACCCCACAGUGUCGUUGUCGCUCACCGGGGCCGGCGGCGGCCCCUUCGCAGCACCCCUGGGCGGCGGCGGCGGCGGCGGCGGCGGCGCCAGCCAGGCCUCGGGCGGCGGCGCGGCGUUCCUUGGGCCGUCACUGGCGGCGGCGGCACAGGGCGGCGGCGGCUCGCAGCAGGGCCUUGCCGGCGCGAGCCAACAGCACGGCUACAGCCUGGGUGCUGACGGCAGCAGCGGCGGCGGCACGAGCGGCGGCGACGUCGUGCGUUUGGUGGCUCGCAGCCGCGCCUACGUCGGCGGGGGCAACGGCGGCGCCGGCGACACCAAGCCCGGCGGCGGCGGCGCCAACUUCGCGGCGCGGCUGCGGGGCAUGCGCGCGCACCAGGCGCGGCAGCUGCGCAUGGGGUCGCUGCGGCGUCACGGCCGCGCGGCGCGUGUGUCGCUGUUGCGCAGCUACCGCACCGGCGAGCUGCCCGACACGCUGUCGCUAAGGCUGGGCGAGUCCUUCCUGCGGCCGCUGGCGGCGCUGGUGGAGGCCGACGCCACCGCCGCCACGGCGGCGCUGGCGGCGCUGACGGCGGCCGUGCUGGAGGAGGGCAACACCGCCGCCGGGUCGGAGGCGGCGGCGGAGGCGGCGGCGGACGUGCCCGCCGCUGGCGCGGCGGAGCCGGCUGGAUCAAGCGGCGCGGCGGCAGCUGCGGGCGGCGAUGACGGUAGCCUGGUGAUCCUGCGGCAGCAGCAGCCGCAGCACGCCAGCUCCGCAGAGCAGCGCCGCGCCGCUGCCGAGCGCGAGCGGGCCGAGCGGCGGCGGGCGGCGCAGCAGCGGGGGCUGCACGCCGCGCUGGCGGCCGGCUUCGGCUGCCGGCCCACGGCGCCGGCCUUCGUAGCGGCACUGCAGGCAGUAGCAGCGCGCUUCGCCGAGGCCGCGCUACAGCCGGCAUCACUCAACGGAACCUUCCCGCCGCCGGGGCAGCCUGCUACUGCCGGGGGCGCAGACGCUGCAGCGGACUCGGAAGCAGCGGCGGCGGGGGCCGUAGCAGCGCCGCCGCCGCCGCUGCUGUUGCUACAGCCGGCCGACGUGCUGGCGGCGGCGGGCGCCUGCGGCGGCCAGCAGGCGGCUGCUCUGCUUCUGGAGACGCAGCAGGCGGCGCUGGAGGAGCGCGGCCGCCGCCUGCAAGAGCAGCAGCAGCAGCAGCAGAAGAAGCAGCAGCAGCAGGCUGCAGCCGCGGGCGGCCGCAGCGGCGGCAGUAGCAGCAGCCGCGCCGCCAGGGCCGCCGCCAAUGCCGUGCAGGCUGUACAGAUCGGGCUGCAUGACACACUGGAGGCGCUGGCUGUGGCGUACGGCGAUCUGGGCGAGUCCGACGUGGCGGCGGCGGCGCGGGCGGGGCUGCUGCUGUGUCCCGUGACGGCGGCGGCGCUGGCGGCGGAGGCGGCGGGGCGGCCGCGGCUGGCGGUGCGGCGGCUGGGGCAGGCGCAGGCGGCGGCGGAGAUGGUGCAGGAGCUGGGCCCUGUCGCGGCGGCGGGGCUGCCCGUGCCCGAGCGGCCGCAGGACUUGGCGCCGGCCGGCGCCGUGACUGCUGCUUCGGCAGAUGCCGCCGCCGCCGCCGCCGCCGCGGGUGGCACUGUCGGCGAGGUUACUGUGGCGGACCUCCUUGGCUCUCAGGCCCUGGCGGCUGCAGCCACCACUGCAGCAGCAGCAGCAGCAGCAGCAGUAGCUGGCGCUGGCAAUGGCAGUGGCGGUGGCGGCAAAGAUGUGGGCGGCACAAGUGGCGGCGGCCGCACAGGUGGUGGCGGCGGUCAGGGGUUGGCGGCGGCGCCGCCGGCCGAGUCACGGCUGUGGCGGCAGGUGGUGGUGCGAUGCGCGGACGCGCUGGGCGACUGGCAGCGCGUGGAGACGGAGCUGGAGGCGCCCGUGCAGGAGCUGCUUGGGGCAGCGGGGGCCGCCGGGGCCGCUGCCGGGGGCGUCGGCGCCGCUUCCUCAUCCACCUCGGGGGCAGGCCUGUUCACGGGAGCUGACGCGGCGCCGCCGGACCUGCUGGCAGCAGCCCUGGUGCGCGGCCUGGCCCGCGGCAGUAGCAGCAGCGCAGGCGGCGGCGUUAACGGCAACGGCAGUAGCGGCGGCGCCGCCGGCUCGGCGGAGCUGCUGCGGCGUGCGCUGCGUGCGGCGCUGUUCCAGCUUCGUGAGUCCGACGUAGCGCCGUCGGGCCAUGGGCUGGGCGCCAUCAUCGGCGGCGGCGGCGGCGGCGGCGGCGGGGAUGUCAUGAUGGCAGAUGCUGCUACAGCCAGUGACGGCGGUUCGCAUGCCGCCAUCGCGGCCUGGAUUGAGGCGCUGUUGGAGCGGCUGGAUGGCUCGCAGGCGGCGGCGGCGGCAGCAGCGGAGGCGGCGGCGCCGCUGGAGCUGGUGGCGGCGGCGGUGGUGCGUGCGUGCCGCCAGGGCAGCUGGGAGCGAUGUCUGGGGGAGGUGCAGUCGGCUCUGGCCCGGCUGCGCUCGCGCUGGGCCGGCCUGCACCCGUUGUCAGCCGCCGCCCGCGUCGCCGCGCUGUCGCUGCUACAGCCACUGGCGGAGAUCAGCGAGGCCGUGCGGCAGGUGCUACAGCCGACCGCGGCGGCUGCGGCGGCUGCCUACGGCUUACCCGCUGGUUCGUUGCGGCUAAGUGGCGGCGGCGGCGGCGGCAGUAGCAGGGCAGCAGCGGCUGUAGCACCUGGGCAUGCGCGCGGGGCGGCGGGGCCGCUGGCGGAGCUGAGGGGCUUGGUGGCGCGCUGGCGGCGGCGUGGCCUGGGGCUGGCGGUGGCGGCGGACGGCGGCGGCGGCGGCGCGGGCGCCACUGCGGCCGGCAGCGACCUCAUGUCCGUGCUGCACGUGCGCCGUUUGCUGCUGCUGGCCGCUGGCACCCGCCGCCCCGCGACCGCGACGCCGUCCGGCGCGGCGACAGAGCCUGCUGCAGCCGCCGCCGCCCGGGCACUGCAGGCCGCCGCCCGCGCCGCCGCCGCCGCCACCGUGUUUGACGCCGCGGCGGCUGCGCUGAGGUCCGGGUGUGUGGACACGGCGGCCGAGGCCUUGCCCGACUUCGCCGUGGGUGACGAGGAGGUGGUCGAGGUGGUGGAGGGAGCUACGGCCGCGGCAGAGGGCGCGGACGGGGCAGCGGCGGAACGGCGGGCGCGACAGCGGGCGCGGGCGCGGCUGCGGCUGUUUACGGCGCACACCGACGCGGCUGUGGCGCAGGCGGCGGCGGCGGAGGCUGCCGGCAGCGGCGGCUGGAUCGGCAGUAGCAGCAGCGGCAGUAGCAGCGAUGUUGGCGGCACUGGCGGCCUGUCGGGUUAUGAUUGGCGUGUGUAUGAGGGACUGAAUGGGCUGCUGGCGGCGCUGAGGCCGUGGCUCAAGGGCGCGACGGUGGCGGCGACGGCGGUGCCGGUGCUGGGUCCGGGGCAGGUGGCGGCAGCGGAGCUGGCACAGUCGCGGGCGCUGCUGGCGUGGGCGGCCAACCCCGCCGAGCCGCAGUACCUGACCGCCCGUGUGGGCGCUGCCCUGUUGAGCGGCGCCACAGCGGCCGCAGCCGCCGGCGCCAACCUGCAGUCACAGCUGCAGCGGCGGCGGCAGCAGCAGCAGCCGUCCAGCCCAGCCCCGCAUUCGCAGCAGCCGCUGCAGUUGGUGCUACAGCCGCACGCUGGCCCCCGCGAGACGGCAGCGGCGUUGCUGGCGGCGCGCGCCUCCGCCCACUUCGCCUUCAUGUGCGGCCGCCUGUUGCGAGCCCACGACGCCACCACCGCCGCCACUGCUACUGCCGCUGCAGCUGACAAUGCUACAGCCGCCACCGGCAGCGGCAGUAGCACCGGUGACCCCGGCAUGCCGCCGCUGACCGCGCUGCCGGCCAAGGUGCUGGACCGCGCGCUGCGUGCCGGCGGCAGUAGCACUGGCACCAGAGGUGCUGCUGCUACUGCCACUGCGGCUGCUGCUGCUACUGCCGCGGCGGCUGGCGAGCUGGCCGGCUGCCUAGUGAGGCACCUGCUCCGGGCGAUGGCCCUGGCCGGCAGCGCCCCGGUGACGGCGGGCGGCUGGGUCCUGGGGGGUGAGGGGGGCGAGGGCGAGGCUGUAGCAGCCGGCAGGCACGGCAGUAGCAGCAGCCAGCAUGACGGCGAUGGCGGCGGCGAUGGCGAUGGCGAGGGUGGUGGUGAUGGUGACGAUGGGUGCGGCGGGGGCGGUGUGCCGGAGGUGCGGCUGCACGUGCCGGUGGUGCUGAGUGUGCUGCGAGACGGCUGGGGCGGCAGUAGCAGCGGCAGCAGCGGCGGCGGCGGCAGUAGCAUCUGCGGUGGUGUCGACACGACGGCGGCGGCAGCAGCCGCAUUCCGUGAGGGCUGGUCGGACGUGCCGCUGGGCUGCUUCCUGCCGUGGGCGGGGCAGAUGUGCUCCAUGCUGGCGGAUCUGGAUUCAGCGAGUGCGGGCCGGUCAUCUGGAUCCGGCUCCGACCCGAGUGCUUCAGAUCCAGAUCCGGAUCCAGUUUUAGGCCCGCUGACUGCGCUGUCGUACGCCUACCCUCAGCUGCUGCACGCGCCGCUGCGCAUGAGCGCGGCGGGCUUUGCUUCGGCCGGCAGCGGCAGUAGCAGUAGCAAUAGCAGUAGCGGCAGUAGCAGCGGCGGCAGGGCUGCGGCAGCUGUAGCCCCGCUGCUGGCUGCCACGGCCAGCCCGGUGCUGGAGGGCUUCAUCGACGCCCUGGACGCAGCCACCUACCCGGCACAGAGGUGGCAGGUGUUUGUGUCGCGCAUCCGCGGCGCCCUGCAGCGCGGCGGGCUGGACGCAGCCGUGCGCGUGUGGACACACGAGGCCUGGCCCAACCUCUUCGGCCGCUUCCUGCCACACGGCGCAGCCGCCGCCGCCACAGCCGCCGCCGCUGGCGCACCGCACCGCGCGCAGCGCGCCACCCGCCGCGUGGCGGCGGACGGCGGCGCCGCCGCCGGCGGCGCCGCCGGCGCCAUGGCGGCUGGCGACACCGUCAAUGCGGCCUUCGCCGCCCGCUACCGCGCCGCGUUUGAGGCUCAGUUGGGCGGCGCCGACGGCGGCGAGCUGGCGGCGCUGGCGGCGGCGAUGCGGCGGGAGCACGCGGCGGCGCGGCGGGCGGCGGCGGAGGGGCGGCUGAGCCCGGAAGGAGCGGCGGCGGCGGGCGGCGGGGCGCGGACGCGGGAGGCUCGGCUGGCGGGCAUGUCGGAGCAGCAGGCGGUGUGUGCGGCCUUCGACGGCGCGGUGCGGAAGAUCAUGACCACAUGCAUGCAGCGCGGGGGCGGCGGCGGAGGAGGAGGUGGGGGAGGAAGCAGCUCGUGGGAGGCGCUGCAGGCGGCGGGGCCGCAGCCGCUGUCCUGGUUCAGCCCCUGGUUCGGAGCCUACCAGCGCGCGGCGGAGGACGCGGCGACCCAGGCGGCGGCGGCGGCAGUGACACCCGGCGGCGGUGGCGGCAACAGGCUGCUCCACCGCACGCAGCUGCUGCUGCCCACCAUGGCCUUCCCCACCGCCGCCGCGCCGCCGCCACCGCACGGCACGCCGCCACCGCCACCGCAUGCACGCACCCACCGCCCCUCCCACCACCCCCACCACCACCCGCCCCUUCCUGCGCUGGGCUGUGAGGACGUGGCGCCGGUGCUGGUCACUGGCUUCGGCCGCGACGUCAACGUGUUCGGCAGCAAGCAGCGGCCCAAGCAAAUGACAAUGUUCUGCAGCGACCUGAGCCGCCGCACCUGGCUGUCCAAGGGCGGCGAGGACGUGCGACUGGACGAGCGGCUGCAGCGCCUGUUCGACGUCAUGAACGGACUGCAGCGCCAGCAGCCGGCCUGCUACCGGCGGGGCCUGCGUGUGUCGGUGUUUGCGGUGGUGCCUCUGAGCGCGAGUGUGGGUUUGCUGGAGUUCGUGCCCGGCACUCGCCCGCUGCAGAGCGUGCUGCUGGGCGGGCCGGGCGCGCCGCGGGACCCGGACGCCGGCGCGCGUGUGGCUCUGGCGUGUUUCGUGUGUCCGCCCGCCGGCGUCCCCCCCGAGGUUGGCGGCUGGACCCGCGGCUACGAGGCCAUGUACGGAGCCAUGGGGCCGGGGCAGCGCGCGGAGCCGGCGGCGGCGCGGGAGGCGUUUAGAAAGGCCGCCGGCGCUCUGCCUCCCUGCCUCCUGCGCUCCGCGCUGCUUCGCUCCUGCGGCGGCGGUCCCGAGCUGUUCCUGGCCCGGCGGCGGCGCCUGGCCUCCAGCCUGGCUGCGGGCGCCGCCGCCGGCUACCUGGCGGGUGUGGGCGACCGCCACGCCGACAACGUGCUGCUGCAGGCCGCCACCGGGGAGCUGGUGCACAUCGACUUCGGGUACAGCUUCGGCGCGGGCACGCAGGUGGUGCCCAUCCCCGAGCUGGUGCCCUUCCGCCUCACGCCGCAGCUGCAGGCCGCGCUGGCGCCGGCCGCCGCCGCCGCCGUGCUGGAGCCGGCGCUGGCGGCGGCGCUGGCGGCACUCAGCGGGCCCAGCGCGCGGCAGCUGCUGGGGGCGGUCAUGGAGGUGUUCCUGCGUGAGCCAGUGGCGGAGUGGCAGCACGAGGCGGCGAUCCUGCGCAGUCUGCAGGAGUCAGCGGCGGCGGCGCAGGCGGCGGCGGCGGCGCGGCAGCGGCGCAAGGGGCAGGAGCGGCAGGAGGGCGCGGAAGCGGAGGUGGAGGACAGCAGCAGUGGCAGUAGCAGUGGCAGUAGCGGAGGUCUGGUGCUCACGGACGAUGCGGGAACCAACAGCAGCGAAGCGCCGGCGGCGGAGCUGGCCCGGGCAAGGGUGUCCACGGCGCUCCAGAAGCUGGCCCGGCGCCACCCCUCGCUCAUCACCGCGGACGAGCUGCGGCCCGUGCACGGCGCCCGGCCCUACUACGCAGCCCUGUGCGCCGCGGUGGCGGGGGGGGCGGCGGCGGACCAGGCAGGCGGCGGCGGGGGCGGCAGCGUGCGCGCGCGGCUGCUGCAGCAGGGGCCCCUGCUGGGUGCGGGUGGCGCGGGGGGUCCGCUGCUGCUGAGCCCGCUGCUGCAGGCGCGCUGCCUGCUGGAGGCGGCCACCGACCCCAACCUGCUGGCGCGGACCUACCUGGGGUGGAAGCCCUACCUGUAGACGGGCUGUGCGCGUGUGUGUGGUGGCGUGGUGGCGACGGGUUGGUCAUGGCCUUUCCCAGCGAGGAACCAGAUACACGAUUGGCCCUUGUUGUUUUGGAGCCAAAUGUUUUCAUGGGUAGGGGAUACGCAGGAGCUCGCAGUGCCGUGUUGAGGGAGGCGCCUUUGUUAUAGCGUAAUCCCCGGUAGGAGCCAGUGGUUGCGCUUUUUUCCGCAUCGUGCCUAGCUUGUGUGAGGCACGCUGUGAGCAUGUUGUCGGGUUGCUUGUCGGGGCGGGAGUGGGAGGAAGGGGGGCUGCGGUAUUACGUGCGUUGAGUGUACUACUGCUGUAUGUUGGAAGUGGCUUAAAUUCGGACCGCCAUGCCAUAAUACGGAAGAGGCUCAGCAGGGAAGACGGGCCGAGGCACAGCACGACGCCCGCUCGUCUUGGCUCGGUGGGAUACUCGGGGCGGCAGGGGCAGGAGCAGGAGCAGCAGGAGAGGCAGGGAGAGGGGCAGGAGCAGCAGGUGGUGGCGCUGACGUACACCGAGUGGCGGAAGCUGCUGGAGCGUGUGGCGUCGUCUGUGUUCGCCAAGAUGGAUUCCACCAACGAGUGGAUGCACUCAUGCAGCCCGUGGGGUCGUGACGCCAGCGCGGCUGACACGCACAUGCAGCGGCUUCAGCUGGGACACUGAGAAGUGGGGGGCGGCUACCGUUUCUUUGAUGCCCUUUUGGUGUUUCGCCGGUCCCAACAGGAACCAGAGAUACGAGGACCGUGCAGGGGGAGUUGUAAAUACCAGCCCAA